ACAGCAAAUGAUCAAAGGACAACCUGACUGACAGUCACUGAGGCUUCGGGACAGUCGGUCUCCGGUUGACUCCUCAAGCUUCUUUUAAAUGAGUGUAGUUUAAAAACGUACAAGUGGGAUUUUAGUUAACUUAAUUACACCUAAAGACAAAUUUCUUUCCUGCAGAUAACAUUUUGGACUUGAGUUUGGAGGGUUCUUUUUCAGUUGGAAGAGAACUGAAUGUAGGGGGUCUGUGAAGAACAGAAGGUAGCUCAGGGUAGGUUUCUUAAGGCUUUAGGAUUAAAUAUAUCAAGACUCUACCAUAAGGAGUGGAGUAGAGAAGCAAGAUGGAGGAACUGAAAUUCAGAGGCAAGAAACGAGAGGGAAGACACAGGGAUACAUGGGAUCCAUUCCAGUUAAACCCAAUAGGAGCCGAGAAGGAAUCUAAGGAAACAUGUCUCAAAGUGGCCCAGUACCUGGCGGCUGUCUUUGUGGGGAUGGCGGUCUUGACCAGUGCUGUUGUCUCAAAGGGCUGUCUCUUGGUGUUGUCAACUAUGUCCAGUCCAACCUCCAUGCGCAGCCCGAAGGAGAAACAGUUCUACAUGCUGAUGUUGGUUUUCUGCCUGAUCUUCCCCAACUUCCUGGUGUUUUUGAAAUCACUGUGGAGGUGUGCCUUCAAGAGCUUCGUACAGCCAAAGAUGAAGACCAUGUCAUUUAUCUGUGCCAUUGAGUGCUUGGUGUCUCUUGGUACUUCCAUCCUGGUGCUGGUCGUUAUGCCUCAGUUUGAUGUGCUGACUAAUCUCUUCAUCAGCGGAGGAGUUUGCAUUGUGUCUGCCAUUCUGCAGAUCAUUUACAGACUGCAGGGGGACAAAUGGAAAAUCCUGUUCCCAAUCUGCUCGCUCAUUCUCACAAUCACAGGUUACUGCCUCCUGGGGGUGGACUACUAUGUUCGUGUGUCAUCAUAUGUGGAUCGACAGGGCGCAGACUGCUUUGUGUACGUUGCGAUUGGGAUUUUCUCUUCACUCCUCAUCUCCCUCUGCUGGUGGGAAAAUCCACUGCAAGCUACUAAUCGCAUGCCGGAAUCCUUGAAAGACAUGGAUGGUUACAGGGACUUUGUGUUUGUCAUCAGCAGUAUUCUGAGGAUAAUAGUGAUAGGAGGAGUAUACCUGAUCUACCAUGUGCUAAUUGAGAAAUCCAUUACCUGGUCGGACUUUAAUCUGCAGAAUGAGGACUGGGAAUUACUGCAAAUAGGACUGGUGUUGUUUUUCUUGCAGGCAUUCUGCUCUGCAUCCUGCCACUGGUUUGGUGUGGUGGCCUGUAAGAUUCAUGCGGUCAGGAUGAGCUUUGCGCUGCCAGUGUGCUGCACGGGACCUUCAGUGCUUCUGUUGGGAAUGGUACUUUUCGUAACUCAGGCGAAACAACUGGACGGGGCACAGCACGGGAGCAUCACAGAGUUUUGUGAAAGCUUGAUCCACUUGAGCCAUAAAAACACCACCCCUGUGGUUUUACUGGAAAUCACAAGGAGCAUUUGUCGAACUUCACUCAACAGCUACUACUUGCAAUGGCCAUUUUCCAUGCUGGCACUGGAGGGAGUAUGCAUGUGGUCAGGCUUUGUCACAUGUACCUACUACGUAUGGAAGAUCAAGGUCCAGCGUAUAGAGAGAACCUCUCAGCUGUUUGUUCGUCGCCUCUAUGAAUCUGCUUUCAUCGACCUGUCUCUGCUACUCAACACCAAGAUGAAGGUGCCACGGGCCCAAAGCCAAGAGAGUCAAGAUGACAUGCAGAAAUGUGUGAUCUAUCUGUGUGCCACCAUGUGGCAUGAGACCUAUGAUGAAAUGCUGAAAAUUCUCACCUCCAUGUUCAGGUUGGACCGCUAUCGAGGUGAUCCUAAGGAGGAUCACAACGAUUGUUUUGACUUUGAGAGUCACAUUUAUGUAGACGAUGCCUACAUGACGGAUAAGGGCACCAACCAAAGGCUGGUUAACUCUUAUGUCACUGACUUGAUCCAUGUUGUCAUUGAAGUGUAUAGGGUGUUUACCAAUAAAGAAGCAGAUGACGUGUCGAUUAUUGACACUCCCUAUGGUGGCAGGCUGAUGUUUGUUAUGCCACAAGGAAACAUGCUCUAUAUUCAUCUAAAAGACAAAGACCUAAUCAGGAACAAGAAAAGAUGGUCCCAGAUUAUGUAUAUGUACUAUCUACUCGGCUGGAAGGGCUACAUCGUCAAGAACCCUCAGAAGAUCACACACCACAACAACCCAACGAGAGACAGUAUGGUCUCUAUGAAUGGAGAGAUUUUUCUGCUGCCUCAGCAUGACAAUGACUUCAAGAGAAAAUUCAUCUCAGAUGACAACACCUACAUCCUGGCUCUGGACGGAGACACAGACUUCCAACCCAAAGCUGUGAUUCUGCUUGUAGACAGAUUGAGGAUGUAUCACACUGUAGGUGCAGCAUGUGGUAGAAUCCAUCCAACCGGAAUGGGUCCCAUGGUGUGGUACCAGAAGUUUGAGUAUGCAGUGGGCCACUGGCUUCAGAAGACAGCAGAGCACGUGUUUGGCUCUGUGCUGUGCAGUCCAGGAUGUUUCAGUCUGUUUAGAGGAUCGGCCAUAAUGGAUGACAAUAUAUUGAAAAGAUACACAACAACUUCCAAGAGAGCUUCAGAAUACGUGCAGUAUGACCAAGGAGAGGAUCGUUGGCUGUGUACUUUGUUACUGCAACAAGGGUGGCGUGUUGAAUACAAUGCUGCAUCAGAUGCUUACACCAACUCACCAGAAGAGUUCAAGGAGUUUUAUAACCAGAGGAGACGAUGGGGACCAUCUACACUGGCCAAUACACUGGACCUUCUGCACAGUGGUGGAGACACAGUGAAAAAGAACUCAUCCAUCUCAAGGAUCUACAUUUUCUACCAGAUGUUCACAGUUGGUUCAUCCAUCCUUGGUCCAGCCUCUGUGACUCUCAUGAUAGCAGGUGCAUUCCAGUUUGUCUUCCAAAUUGCCGGUACACUUUCGAUCAUCAUCGCAAGCAUUCCUCCGGUGUUCUACGUCAUCGUCUGUUUUAUAGCCAAGUCAAACAACCAGAUUACCAUCGCUGCCAUCAUGAGUGUGCUGUAUGCGUUCCUCAUGACUGCAUCCUUGUUUUCUAUAAUCGGUGACAUGGUGAUUCAGGGCACCUUCCUUACCCCGACAGGCCUGUUUUUGAUUUCUAUGACAGUCAUGUACGCAGUGACAGCUUUACUCCACCCAGAGGAGUGUGCGAAUAUUAUCUAUGGCCUGAUGUACUUCAUCUGCAUCCCCAGUGGAUAUCUCCUUCUGACCAUCUACUCACUGGUUAACAUGAACAACGUGUCCUGGGGCACAAGGGAAACCAACAAGGGAGAAGGAGAAGUGAAGAAGAACCAUAACAUGCUGUGUGACAGAAAUUGCAGACUCUGCUGUUGGGACAUGAAGAUACAGAUAACACAGGAAACAGAGAGUCUGAUGCUCCGUCAGAUCACGGGCCAGACUGCAGAGCAAGCCCCUCCUCUUCCCAUCACCAGCCAGGACGCAAUAGCUCAACAGGGAGCUGAAAAGGUGGAGCCUCAGGCAGAAAUCUUCACAACCAAAGACGAAGGUGAAAAACCCAACAAGGCGGAGAAAAUCAAUGACGCUGCUUCCUGCAGCAGUGAUGACAGUUUCAAGAAAAGGAGCCUAACAGAGAGUGCAUCCGACCAAGAGGAUAUUGAGGAAGACGACGACGCAAUGACUGUUGAGGAGGUCCCAAUCAGAGACUGGGUAUGGCCGGUAAAACAAGAGUUUUUGAAGAAACUGACAUAUGCAAACCUGAAGAAAAAUCUGCAACAACAAAUACGAUACGCGCUCCCUGAAAAAAGUGAAGAAGAUGUGUGUGAAGAGCUGGUCCUUAUGUUGACAGAUACUCUUAAUCAAGAGCUAGGUAACGUGGGGCCUGAAGAUAUCCUGUCAGAAAGCAAGAUUGACGAAUUACAACACGCACUGGAAGAGCAUGGUCGGCGUAUCCUUAAAACCAGUAGAAUGGAGCUGUUGCAAAGGAAAGUUGCCGUUGCCAUCAAGAAAACACUCACUGCCCCGCAAGUGCGAAAACUUGAUGAGGGUGAGCUCGACUUCUGGAACAAGUUGAUUGAACGCUACUUGACGCCUAUUAAGGAAUCUCAAGCCCAUAAGGAUGAGGUCACCAGAGAACUCAAGUCGCUACGCAACAAGGCUGUCUUCCUGUAUUUCAUCAUCAACGUGCUGUGGGUAGUAGCUACCUUCUUCCUGCAGGCCAUAGGAAAUGAUGUAAUCAGCAUCAAGAUCCCUAAGUACUUUCCGAACGGGACAGAAUCUGGAGAAAUCCUCAAGGUUGAGCCUCUCAGUUUGAUGUUCCUGUUGUCUUUUGCUGUUCUUCUCCUUGUCCAGUUUCUGGCCAUGUUAUAUCACAGAGUCUACACUCUGAUCCACGUAGUGUCCUAUAGCAGCACAGAGCAAGACUACAAACAGAAAGUCAAGGUGAAGGACACGGAUGAUUAUGAAAUGACUCUGGAGAACCACUCGGCCACUGGACUCCACGUUACCGUUGACGAUCUGUAGUCCAUAAAAACCAACCGUCACCAGUGAAACCCAGCAUCUAGACUGCAUUUCACAAUGCAAUCAAAGCAUUACAUUUUAAUAACUAAACAGCAGAGAGAACAGGAAAUCAUCUUGCAUUCAGCAGUAAGACUUGAGUUGCAACAGGGAAAGCAAUUUGAACAAAUCCAAUGUUUGUUUGUUUUUAAAUGAGGAAAUAUUUUAGGUGUAGGUUUUACAAAAUGUGAUCUUAGGUUGGAGUGUUUUCCUUGAUCAUGUGCUUCAUUUAAUGGUAUUUGCUUUAUUUAUUGCAUUCUAGUGUGGUGGAAAACAUCGUUAAUUGAAUAUCCUUAAACUAAAUUAGAAGUUUGAUGAAUAUUCUUUUUUUUUCUUGAGUGCCUGCUUCAGAAUCAGUUUUUAUUAUUUACAAUUGUUAAAAGGUGUUAUUUGCACAUAAUUUAUUGCAAGAAAUACUUGUUUAACCUCACAUUUUAUACUCUGAAUUGUUUCUGGUGUAAUUUGUAGCUUUGUGUUACUCUUUUAAUAUUGUCUGGAUUGUAUCAGUGUUUAUACUGUUUGUAUACCGAUUUGAAAGAUGCACUUUAGAGGGAUUGAAUCUUACAGCAAAGGUUUAUGUUAACCUCACUGGAAUGCUUCUGAAUCAAUUGAAAUGAAUGUAUUGUAAAACAUAAACCUGUAAGCAAUAAAUGUAUUCAAAAUCA